CAGGAAUCCGGCAGCCUGCUCCCUCUAGCAUUUCUUCAUUAAGAGUUUCAGUCACAGACUUGUAACUCCAGAGCAUCCUCGUGCCAAAACAGUCUGCCGAAGACUUAGAAAGGUGUGGUCGGGUUUCUACUCAAGAUUACAAUGUUAAAGUGGACUCUCCCUCUGUUCAUACUUCUGAAAGUCAUCUCGGCAUCUUUCGACUAUGUGUACGAAGAGCGCUCGCUCCUGGACCCAGAGGAUGUGCUCAGCGUAGGUAUUCCUCUGGCUGACCCACAACGAAGUCUACUUGGAGAGAGUUUGGAAAUACCAUGUUAUUUUGAGGAUCAUACAGUUCCAGACCCUGGAGCUCCCCCUGUUCGCCCCCUUUCUCAUCGAAUCAAAUGGAGCCGCAUUACAAAAGAAAAGACAACAACCAUUCUUGUGGCCUUGGAGGGAAAGGUGCGCAUAAGUGAGGACUACCUGGACAGGGUUCAAUUGCUAGGUUACCCCACAACCCCAACAGAUGCCAGUAUCAAGAUAACCGAACUGCGGUCUAGUGACACCGGAGUUUACCGUUGUGAGGUUCAGCACGGGAUCGAGGACAAUCAUGGCGACGUUCGUGUUGAGGUUCUUGGUACUGUAUUCCAUUAUCGGGCCAUUACUGGUCGCUACACAUUGACCUUUGAAGAUGCAAAGGCUGUUUGCCAACAGAACAGUGCAGUUUUAGCUUCUCCAGAACAAUUGCAAGCAGCCUAUGAUGACGGAUUCCACCAGUGCGACGCCGGCUGGCUCUCUGAUCAGACAGUCAGGUACCCAAUUCAUGACCCUCGUGUCAACUGUUACGGAGAUAAAGAAGAACUGCCAGGCGUCAGGACUUACGGUGUCAGAGAUUUGAAUGAGACUUAUGAUGUCUACUGCUACACAGAGAAAAUGAUAGGUCGAGUCUUCUGGGUGGCAUCAGCAGAAAAGUUUACAUUCUCAGAAGCCGCAACAGCAUGCGCAAGUAAACGGGCACAACUGGCGACUACAGGACAGCUGUACUUGGCCUGGCAAGGCGGGAUGGAUGUCUGCAAUGCUGGUUGGUUGGGUGACGGAAGUGUACGUUACCCGAUCAAUAUUCGCCGUCCACAAUGCGGUGGAGGUCUUAUAGGAGUGCGAACAGUUUACCUGCAUACAAACCAAACAGGAUACCCAUUUCCUGAUUCCCGCUACGAUGCAUUUUGCUAUUCAGAGUUUCCUGAUGAGGAAGGUUCAGGAGUUACUGAUGAAGAAAAUGGGGUACUAAGUGUUACUCCAAUCACACAAAGUCCAGAAGUCUUCUUCAGGAGCACGACGACAGCAAGUGAAGUGGUGGGAGAGGUGGAAACUCAACGUUCUACGAUUGUAGAUGUCACCUACACUGAAGCUCCCACUGAGAUGACGCACUUACCGAACAUCACUGAGAUAAUAACAGACAUAAUACACCCAGUAACUGCACCCCCUGUCAUCGACAGAGAACCCACUAAAGGCUUUGUGAUGCCCACUACUGGGGUCAUUUUCCAUUACCGUUCAUGGUCAGGACGGUAUGCCUACACCUAUGUUGAGGCUCAGAUUGCCUGUCAGAGUGUCGGAGCCUCCAUUGCGACUCCAGAGCAACUGCAGGCAGCUUAUGAGGCUGGAUAUCACCAAUGUGACGCCGGUUGGCUCCUGGAUCAGACAGUCAGGUACCCCAUUGUUUCACCGCGGGAAAAGUGCGCCGGAGACUUGGGCAAACUGCCUGGAGUUCGGUCCUAUGGACUAAGACCAGCAGAAGAAAGAUAUGAUGUGUACUGCUAUAUUGAUGGAAUGAAAGGCCAAGUUUUCCAUUUGGCUUCUGCUGAAGGUUUUACUUACGAGGAGGCUGCAUCCAAUUGUCGUAAGCAGAACUCUGUCUUGGCCUCCACGGGUGAGCUCUAUGUGGCGUGGAAAAUGGGCUUCGACAAAUGUCGCGCUGGCUGGCUUGCCGACCACAGUGUCCGAUACCCUGUAAAUAAUCCACGUGCCGAGUGCGGUGGAGGAACGCCAGGAGUACACACUGUGUACAUUCACAGUAACCAGACAGGCUUCCCCCCCACUGACAGCAAAUAUGAUGCAUAUUGUUUUAGAGUGGAUAUCCAACUUAUUGCAAGUGAAACUGGGCUGAAUGUUACAGACAUUCAAGAAGCCAUCCAAAACAUGACCCUAAUUACCAGUUUACUGAGGCCUGUGACUCCAAGCAUUACCUCUCCCAUCGCUGUGGACUUUUCUGGGUCAGGCUCAGGCUCCGCGGACUUUGGUUCAGCAUCUGGAGACUUGCAGGGUUCUGGUGGCAUAUCCGGAUCUGGAGGCAUUUCUGGAUCUGGAAGCGUGUCUGGCUCUGGAGAGACAUCUGGUUCAGGAGAUCCAUCGGGAUCAGGAUACGCUUCUGGCUCAGGAGACAGAGCUGCUUCAGGAGACCUGUCUGGCUCAGGAGACAUGUCUGGCUCUGCACAGCUGCCCAGCUCAGGCGACCUGUCUGGUUCUGGAGAUGAGGUUGCUUCAGGUGUCAGCUCAGGAGAACAUCCCACCUCAGGAGAUGCCUCGGCAGAUGGGUCUGGAUCAGGCCUCGAUGGAGAGGGAUCUGGGUUCACUAUUUUGUUAUCAGGUGAUAAAAGCUUUUUAUCUGGAGAUGGCUCAAGCUCAGGAGGACAACAAGAGGCAGGAGAGGGAAGCACUGACAUCCUUAUUUUCCCUGCUUCUGGAGAAACAUCAGCUAGUGGUGAAUUGUCAGCCUUCGGGAGUGGAUCAGAACACACUUCUGCUGAGAGUGGAUCUUCUUCUGGUGAAAGUGGCAUGUCAUCAGGUUUCUUUGCCUUUUCUGGUUUUAGUGGUUUUCCAUCUGGCUUUUCGUUUUCGGGAAGUGCGAGCGGAGAAUCCGGAUAUUUUUCAGGAAGUGGAAGUCCACAGGUCGUUUUAAUCGAUGGAGGAAUGAUUGAAUCAUCGACUCCUGUUACAAACAGAGAGCAUGAACUUGGUGGUGGUCUACUAGAAUACAGUGGAUCGGGAAGUGGGUCCGGAAUACUCAGUGGUGAUGUCAGUGGCUCUGGAAGUGGCUCUGGACUCUCAUCUGGUGUGUCAUUUUCGGGAUCAGAAUUCAUAGAUGUGACAGAGACAUCCUCUAAAGAACAAGAGGCCUCAGGCACAACUGUCUACUUUGGACUGGGAAGUGGUGCACAGGAGUCGGGCUCAGCAAACACUGAAUUUCCAUCUGGAUCAGGAUCGGGAUCUACAAUGUCUGGAUUUAGUGCUUCAGGAGCUCAGUCAUCAAGAAGUGGGUACAUCGGUACUGUUACAUUCUUAGAUUCGCAAAGUAUGAGGGUACAGUCGACAAUAAAUACGGUCUCCAUGGAGAUGGGACAAGGGGUAGUUGAGUACAGUGGAGAAGGCAGCAGCAGUACUGAGAUUACAGCCAUGACAACUUCAGGUCUUGGCGUGGAUGUUUCAACACAAGCAGUGCUUCCCAUCCCUCUCGGUGAGAUGGCACAAAUAGAGACCACUACAGGUCCAGAAGAGGAUCCAAACAUGGAGGAAAUACUCCUGACUUCCAACCAUCUCUACAUGACUGUUGGACCAAGACUAGCUCCCGCAGGAAUUAUGGCCCCUGUAACUUUGACCACACCAAGUUAUGGGAGUGAUUUGAAGCUUGAAUCAACUGAAGGAAACAUUGAUCCGUGUCAUCCAAAUCCAUGUGGCAUGUCAUUAUGUGCUAUUGAGAGUGGGAUCGCUGUAUGCCAUGAAGUAGACGUAUGUCACUCCAACCCUUGUGCCAAUGGAGCCACCUGUGUGGAGACUGCAGACUCUUACAAAUGCUUAUGCCUGCCCAGCUACGGAGGGGAACACUGUGAGAUUGAUGAACAGACGUGUGAAGAGGGUUGGACUAAGUUUCAGGGCAACUGCUACUUACACUUCUCUGACAGAGAGACGUGGCUAGAUGCUGAACAGCGCUGUCGAGGCCUCAACUCACAUUUGGUCAGCAUUAUCACGCCUGAGGAGCAGCACUUUGUCAACACAAAUGGCCAAGACUAUCAGUGGAUAGGCCUGAAUGACAAGACAGUGGAGAAUGACUUCCGCUGGACAGAUGGAACUCCACGGCAAUAUGAGAACUGGAGACCGAAUCAGCCGGACAAUUACUUCAACUCUGGUGAAGACUGUGUGGUCAUGAUCUGGCACGAAAAUGGACAGUGGAAUGACGUCCCCUGCAACUAUCAUCUGCCAUUCACCUGCAAGAAAGGACCAGUGUCAUGUGGCCCACCACCAGAGGUUGAGAACGCUCACAUAUUUGGCAUCAGAAGGGACGAAUAUUUUGUCGACUCCAUUAUCCGCUAUCAGUGUGAUCCAGAAUUCAGACAGCGCCACCGACCAGUGAUUCGCUGCAAAGCAGACGGGCAGUGGGAGGAGCCGCAGAUUGAGUGCACUGAUGUGAAAGCCAGAAGAAGAAAACAAGACAGAGGGGGCGAGGAGGAAUCACACAGCAACAUUCUGCAGUAGAAGUGGAAUAUAGAAAUUAUUGAAAAGGAUACUUAGAGCACACAGAGUUUAUUUCAGUGAUGUUAUUGAAAGAAAAACGUUUAUUGUGUUUUAUAUUGGCCAUAUUAAACCCUCAAAAGGGACAAGAAAAUAUGAAUGAUAAUAAUGGGAUUUCAAACAAAUACUGUGAUUUUGUGUGACCAAGACGAUAUCCUAUGAUAAUAUAUUUUAGCAAUAUUUAUAAACAAAAAUAAUUGUACUAAGGAUGGUAAUAUAUUUUCUUUCAACGGUCGCUGUGUUUCUGUGUAUUUUUGCUGUUAAUUAACUGGAUAUUUUCAACUGAUUCCUAAAUAAACAAGCAGCCACAUAUUCUAUUCAACUGCUAAAAAUAACAUACAUGACAAUUCAAGGGUGUCCACAGGAAUAAAGCACAAGGUGGUAUAUAAGUAUGGCAAUAUAAUGUACACAGUUUUUAGUCUGUUUUCAAAAAGCAGCUGAUACAACAUCACAGCAACAUGUACAAUGCACAAUAAAGGAGAAUAGUUUGAGAGUCAUUUUGUGUAUUCAAAGGAUCAACAUGUUCAGAACAUGGGGAUGAAAAAUAAUUCGGAACCAUGGCUGUUCCUGAAAUCUACAGAGUGAAUAAGCAAGUAAAAAAGUUGUAGAGACUGAAAUUUGACCAAUGCAGAUGUUCUUUUUUGGCUAUAAUGUUGGUGUUAAUUCUACAUUUGGUCACAACCUCUGCAGGACUGAGUCAGAGAUUGACACACACAAUACAUUAUUGCUGUGAAAGAGAUGUGAAGAGUUUUUGAGCACGCAGAUUCACUUUUGUGAUGUUGUAUUUGUUUAUUUUAAAAAGUCAAAUAUUCCACAAAGCUUUGCAGUGCAGAUAGCCUCUGUGGACUCUCUUUAAUGAGCCUGUUGUUUAUUUCACGAAUGUAAUUUGUAAUGCUCUGCAUUUGUUUAUAUUUCAUCUAUGACUGCUCUUCAGUAAGAACUUGUUUCACGGUGCAUUGUUGCUGAUCUUGGGGGGCUGUGCCUCCUUCAAAAGUGGCAUCUGCUGUGUCAUAAACCAAAGCUUGAAUAUGAGGUUCCGUUUGUUUGAAAGUGUCUUCACCAAUUAAGCUCUUGUCUUCACAACAACUCACAGUAAAAAAAAAAAAAGCCAAAAACUAUUGUUUCAUUAAAAUGUCUGCAACGGUGAAUGAUAUACUUUGAGUCAUUUAUGCUGGUCAC